AUGGAAAAUAUCGAGUGGCUCAAGUGGAGCAAUGAGGUGGGCACAGAGGUGAUCAGAAGAAUCCCUUGGAAUAUCUUUUUGGAUAUGUCGACGGGACCGUCAAAUGGACUACCAGAUGUGACUUACUUUUCGCCGGGAAAUGUUACAUCAGAACGAGCGGUGGAUGAACUCAUGGAUAUGGAAAGCACAGGGGACCAGACGUUGAAUGAGUUGUUGUCUGGAGGAUUUGGCCUGAGGCUCCAAGUUUCAACGAUCAUGAUAUUGGGAAGAUUCCUUCAAGAUGGAAAGGAGUUUGCAUGGAGGGUCAUGAUUUCAACUUUCAAGAAAUCCAACUGCAACAGGAAACUGAUAGGAGCAAGACAUUAUGAUCCUCAAAUGACAUUAGGUGGUAAUAAAACUCACCACCCAAAAGGCAGAGGGUCCCCAAGAGACUCUGUUGGCCAUGGCACUCACACUGCAUCACCAACAGCAGGUAGCAGAGUUCAAAAUGCCAAUUAUUAUGGCUUAGCGAAGGGAACUGCAAGAGGAGGCUCACCUUCUUCUAGGAUUGCUGCCUACAAGGCAUGCUCAGAAGAUGGCUGCCCUGGUUCCACCAUUCUGAAGGCUAUCGAUGAUGCAAUAAAAGACAGAGUGGACAUAAUCUCUAUCUCCAUUGGACUCAACUCACUCUUUCAAUCAGACUUUUUGAAUGAUCCCAUAGCCAUUGGAGCAUUUCAUGCUGAAGAAAUGCGAAUCAUGGUGGUGUGCUCUGCAGGGAAUGACGGCCCUGAUUCUUGCACUAUCGUCAAUACAGCUCCAUGGGUAUUCACUGUCACAGCUUCUAAUAUUGACAGGACCUUCCAGUCAGCUAUUGUCCUUGGGAAUAGGAAAACUUUCCAAGUAUGUCCCCUGCUUCCGAAAAAUUAUUUUUAA